CACCACGGCCGAGUGGAGUGGAGUGGAGUGAGCUGGCCAGCUAAGCGGCCCCACCUCGAGCCCUACCGAGCCGUGCCGGAGUACCGCCGGGUACCGCGUACACCGCGCACCGGCCUCUUUUGCCUUGAGCGGCGGCGGGGGCUCGCGCGCGUAGUUGGCGUAGCUCGCGUCUGGGUGUGUUUUCGAGUGUGCGAGUGACGGUGCUGCCGUAGUGUGAGUGCAGUGUGUGACAUUGUGGAUGCGCUUUGUGGAUACUUCGCUCGGCCUGCAAUCUGCUCUGCUGUCAGCGGACUCGCCGUCCCAGCGGCCGCCUGCGAUGACUCGCUGACCGUCCCCGUCCCCGCGGCCCGCGGCCACCACAAUGGACGCGGUGGCCGUCAUGGCUCCGGGUCGCUUCCGGCGGCGACUCAGCGACGACCACUCGGACACGGCGGAGUCCACGCCGGCCUCGGCGUCGACGGCGUCCUGCGGGGCGGGCACGGCGGGCACGGCGGGCACCGUGUCCGAGUCCAGCCCGUCGACGCGGUCCUGGCUGGGCGGCCUCGACGGCACCGGCUCCACCAGGGGCAGGCUGCCCUGGCUGUCACCCCGGGAACGACGGCAUCCUCUGCGCGACGUCCGCCUGUCGUGCUUCCGGAGCUACCUGCCGGGGUCCAUCGGCGGGCCAUCUGACGGCGACCUGCUGUGCGGGGACUCCACGCCGACGUCACCGAGGACACCCAAGACGCCGCGGCUGCCGGGCGGCGCGUCGUCGAAGGACAAGGCGGACAAGGGGGAGAAGGAGGAGAAGGGCAGAGGUCUGUCGCUGUCGGUUCGGCGGUCGCCCGGCCGCUCGCGCGGCAGCAAGUCGAGCGAGAACGUGUACUUUGUGAGCCCGCCCAGAGCGCAGGCCGAGCAACAACAAGAGCAACAGCAGCAGCAGCCCUCCAAGCAGGGCACGACGAACGGCGCCAACCUCAGCGCCAGGCUGCGCGCGUUGUCGGCGAGGUGCAUGGCCCUGGUGCACGCCGCCGGCGGCGACCGCAAGGCCAACAUCUCGGCGUCCGGGAAGAAGUCCUCGCGGCCCUGCAAGCAGCGCUCCUUCUCCUCGGGGGCGCUGCCGGGCCUGCACGACUUCCAGCGCCGCCAGCUCAACCCCAUCUACCGCGACGACGGCGACGACGGCCACGACACGCAGCCGGAUGAUGAGACGCCUCUGUCACCGAGCCCCUCCAACGGCGUGCUGGCUGGCGAGGAGGACUGCGACAGCGGCAUCCUGGUCAGCGAGGCCACCAGCACACCCCUCUCAAGCCUGCCGGGCAGCGGGGGCGGCGCCGGGGGUGGCGGUCGGGGUGGCCGGGGGUCGCUGCCGUGGGGCAGCGCGGUCGGCGCGCUGGGGGCUGCCACCGCCGCGUCACGGGCACUCAGAUCCGCGUCUCUGGACCGGGAGUUACUCGGGGGAAGUCCCCUCCUGGACCACGACGAAGGGGAGGACCCCGAGGAACUCAGCCACGCUGUCACUAGUCAAGCACGCCGCAGCCGGGCGUCCACCAAGUCGUCGUCGUCGUCCUCUGAGAUCAGCGAGAUCUUCUCCCGCUUCCAGCGCCGCCGCGUGGCCGGCACGAGCACGCCGUCGUCCUCCUCCAGGCCGUCGUCGCCGCCCCUCCUGCCCGCGCCGCGCGCCGCCUCCAACCUCGAGGGCGGCGUCGGGGGCGGCUCGGCGACGGGGCGGCGGCGCGAGUUCCACCUCGUGCGCCUGACGCGCGCCACCCCCACCGAGGAGCUGGGCAUCUUCAUCGCCAAGAGCGAGGCGCCCGACCGCGGCGCGCAGGGCUACGUGGUGGCCCACGUCGUGCCCGGGGGGCUGGCGCACAGGGACGGCCAGCUCCACCUCGGCGACGAGCUGGUGGUGGUGAACGGCAGGCAGCUGCGUGGACUGAGCAUGGCGGCGGCCAGGCAGCGGCUCCGGGCCGGGCCCACGCAGGUGGACAUCGUCAUCGCGCGCCAAUGCCAGUGCCAGAGUUCCGAGGGCCGCGACAGCGGCAUGGACACCUCCGGGGACAGCAUGACGGAGUGCUGCUGCAAGGCGGCCCCCGCGACCUCCACUCCGUCGCCGGCGCGCCGCACUCUACCGGAGUCCAGCGUGGACUACGAGAACGUGGUGCUCCGACCCAGGGACCGGACACCCACCCUGGCGUCGGCGGAGACACCGGAGACGGCGGCUGCGGACGAGGUCACCCCCACGGCGUCCACGACGUCCUCGACGGCGUCAUCGAGAACGUCGACGUCCUCCAGUGCAGCAGGCGCCAAUGCUAGUCUCGGCUGCAGCCCCGGUGGGGGCACUAGUCCCAGCUCGAGCGCGACCCCCAGCGCGACCCCCAGCGCGACCCCCAGCCCCAUGGCUUCCAGGCAGCAGCUCUUCCAGAAGCACGCGGCCCCCGCCAGCACCAAGGCCGCGCGCAGAUCUCUGGCGAUCGUGCCCCGCUCCAGCUCGCCGCCCCUGGAGCACCUGGAACCGCUGGAGCGGCCGGCGGAGACGCAGCACCACAGCCUCAAGCGGCGCGCCCGGCGCCACGGCUCGCGCCACGGCGGCCACGGCGACGGCGUCGUCAGCAGCGGCGCGCCGUCCGCGGCGUCCACCGAGUUCCGCGUCGAGCUGCGCAAGGGCCCCGGCUGCGGCGCGCUCGGCUUCACCGUCGUCGGCGGCGCCGACUCGCCGCGCGGCGCCCUGCCCAUCUUCGUGCGCUCCGUCCUGGAGGGCGGGCAGGCCGCCCAGGACGGCAGGCUGCAGCCAGGCGACGAGCUGUUCCUGCUCAACGGGCAGCCGCUGCGGGGCGCCACCCACUCCGAGGCGGUGGCCAUGUUCCGCGCCGUGCGGGCCGGGCCCGUGCUGCUCACCGUGUGCCGGAGAACGACCAAGAAGGCCCAGUCGUGCUCGGACCUGGUCGUCGGCCAGACCGCCUCCCAGGACGACGCAUAGUGUUGCUUCUCUCCGGCGUCGGGGGCCUGCCUGCUCUGCUGGCCCAUGGCUGGCCCUGCUGCCGAGCGAUUCAGAAGCACCGUUCCGUCGCUCGGUCUCUCUCGCACCCCUCCGACUCCUCGGCAUGAGCCUGCAGCUGCCUUCGUCUUUGUCGCUCCUACCUGAUGUAGCACUUUUCCCGAUCGCCCGCAAUUUCAUCAUUCCGCUUCCUCUUCUCCUCUCGCCCGCACUUCCACAACAAGCCCGGCACCAUCCAAUCUUCUAAAACUGCCAACUGCCCCGCGUUCGCGUUCUGUUUGCCGCUCUGCAACUGCACCCCCGCUCUCCCCCUCCCCCUGCCUGCCGGUUCGGCCGCGACUAAAGAGGUAUUUUCAGUAGUCCGGAGCGCGGUGCGCGAUCGCAGCGCACUCUGCGCGGCCGGCGGCGCCGUCCCGCUCCGCCAGCAGCGCAGCACGCGCAGCCAGCAGCGCGCGGCCGGAAAAACAAAAACAGGAAAGACUUGGGAAAAAAGAGGAAGGAGGAAACCGUUGAAGCGCGGUAAAAACAAAAGGGCGAAAUUGGGGCGGCCCAUUGAAGACAAAAGUGAGAAAAACGGGGAAACGGGCGCGCUGUGCCCCUUGUUCUUGUUGGCGCGGUCCACAAGGCGCGGCCGGGCGUCGCCCGGACUGGCGUGCUGGC